UCUGGGGACUGGGCACUUUUCUUAAUUAGAGAAAACUUUUCAUAUACAAGAAUGGAUAUAACAGGACUAAUCAAGAGUUCUCAUAAAGGCAUUCAGAAUCACUUUGUCAUUUGGAGGAGGCUCAUCCAUCUCAAUAUUACUCUGCUUUGUUUCUUCGGAGCAUCAGGACGGGGGAGCUUUGGUUUGAACUGUUCUCAGGCCCAGGCUUCAGGUCUUCUGACAGCUGCAAUCCCCUUCAAUUUGCUGGAUAUUCAUCUUCUCCAUGGCAAGGGAUAG